GGCCUCGAACUCACAGAGAUCCUCCUGCUUCUGCCUCCUGAGUGCUGGGAUUAAAGGCGUGCUCCACCAGCGCCCGGCUCUUUCCAAAUUCUUAGAUGCUCUUGCGGCAGGGCCGGAGUGAGGAGGCAUCUUGGUUCCUGUGCCACCUCGUCUGCUCUUCCUUCUCAGCACAGCCUAGCUUAGCCUCCACGUUCUCCGUCUACGUUGAAACUGAUGGUGCAAGGCUGUAAGGCUGUAGGAAAGGAGUGGUACCAAUCCUUGCCUAGGACCCACUGAGAGAGUCCAACAGGGCUGGUCUACAUGGUCAAGUGGGUAGGGGAAGGAGAAGAAAUCCACAUUUUGUGCUAUGCAGGAGAUCACUUAGACUGUGGCUUCUCUCCAGAAGAAUGGAGAGUUGGUGAACCUGUAAAGGGAGGUGCUGGAGAAGGCUUUUUGCCUGUAUCCACACCAAGAUCAUGGUCUGACCUGAAGUCCAGAAUAGGUUGCUUCCCCUUCAUUCACUUUUUGCACAUUCUCCUUGAUACCCCCCCACACACACACACACACUGUGUGUCGAUCGGUGUCUCUCUCGAUCUCAUACAGCCUAGGGUGGCCUUGACCACGUGAAGUACAAAGAUAAUAUUUUUUCUUAAACCAGCAGUCUCAUUCUGAGCCUUGCUUCCUCCUCCGAUGAUAUAAUCCAUCACUCUGUUCACCUCUCCAGUCUAGACCUGCAUUUUUAGACCACACCCCAGCCAACUCACUCCUGGCACCCCUCUUCCCUAGCUCACUGCCCUUUCCUGGGUACUUCUCAUUUAGCCCCACCCAAGGAGCCUUCCUCCUUUCCGGGCCGCUCUGGGACACAAAGAUUGUCCCUCUCGAACAGUGAAGGAGGGUGUGGGUUUUUUUCAGCCUCACCCUCAGGAAGAUGCAUCUUCCCCCUCCUCUGCUCUGUGGUACUUCCUCUCUGGCUGAUGUAGCUGACAGACUUAGAAGUGGGACCACGACCCUAGCUCUAGGACCGAUUCAGGAAUUGUCUGUCCGAUGACUUUGCCCUGACCCUGGACGUGGCAUUGGCUUCUGAUUAGCAUCUGGGAAACCUUGUCCUUUUGAUGGCUUCCAAUACUACAUCUCCUGCAGCAUCUUCCUCUCCCGGUGGCAUGUCUCUGUCUAUUGUCCUACUGUCUGUGGCCCUGGCUGUGGGGCUUCCUGGCAACAGCUUUGUGGUGUGGAGCAUCUUGAAAAGGAUGCAGAAGCGCUCUGUCACGGCCCUGCUGGUGCUGAACUUGGCUCUGGCCGACCUGGCUGUGCUGCUCACGGCUCCCUUUUUCCUACACGCCCUGUCUCAACGCACCUGGAGUUUUAGAGUGACCGGUUGCCGCCUGUGCCACUAUAUUUGUGGAGUAAGCAUGUAUGCCAGCGUCCUGCUUAUCACCGUUAUGAGUCUGGACCGCUCGCUGGCAGUGGCUCGCCCCUUUGUGUCCCAGAAGUUGCGCACUAAGACGACUGCCCGAUGGGUGUUGGUAAGCAUCUGGGUGGUGUCUUUUCUGCUGGCCACACCGGUCCUUGCGUACCGUACCGUAAAACGGUACAACAGGACUCUGGUCUGCCGUUCGGACUACCCUAGCGACGGGCACAGUGCCUUCCAUCUGCUCUUCGAAACCACCACGGGCUUCCUGCUGCCCUUCCUGGCCGUGGUGGCCAGCUACUCUGACAUCGGACGCAGGCUGCAGGCUCGGCGCUUCCGCCGCAGUCGCCGCACCGGCCGCCUGGUGGUGCUCAUCAUCCUGGCCUUCGCCGCCUUCUGGCUGCCUUACCACCUGGUGAACCUGGUGGAGGCCGGCCGCGCGCUGGCGGGCUGGGACAAGGACGACUCGGUGGGGCGGCGUCUGAAGCUGGCCCGCAACGUGCUCAUCGCGCUGGCCUUCCUGAGCAGCAGCGUGAACCCGGUGCUGUACGCGUGCGCGGGCGGCGGCUUGCUGCGCUCGGCCGGCGCCGGCUUCGUAGUCAAGCUGCUGGAAGCCACUGGCUCCGAGGGGUACAGCUCCCGCCGCGGGGGCACCCUGGGCCAGACCCAGAGGGCCGCACCCGCCAGUCCCGAGGAAGGCCCCACUGACAACUUGAUGACCUCCUCCACCCCGUCCUGAGUGAACUGAACUGCAGGAGGCUGGGCGCAAAGACAUUCGUUAACCCUGGCCUGACCCACUUCUGUACCUGGAGGAAAGUGGGUUGGGGGCUGGGCUCAAGCGGAAGAGAGGGAGGGGUGGGGCGAGUCGGGGCAAACAGUCAGCAUGCUCGGGCCUGGCUUCUGCCGGGCGGGCGGCUUUACCAUUAAAGUCUGAAAUCAGGUUAAGCCUGUGAA